AUGACAACACAAAGAGCUAUCAUUGUCCAGGAAGCGGGCCGCGCGACCUUGGUGCAGGAUGCCCCAGUCCCUGAGCUACCGAAUGACUAUAUUCUAGUCAAAACAAAAGCUGUUGCGUUGAAUCCCACGGAUUGGCGUCACAUCGACUUUGUCUCUUGCAAUGGGGCAACCGUGGGCUGUGACUACGCUGGGAUAGUUGAAGCCGUUGGCUCAACUGUCAAAAAGACCUUUAAGAAAGGCGACCGUGUAGCAGGCUUUGUACACGGCAGCAACGCCGUGCGUCCUAACGGUGGUGCAUUUGCAGAGUACGUGAUCGCGAAAGGCGACCUCCAGAUACGUAUACCUGACUCUAUGAGCUUUGAGGCUGCGGCCACCUUCGGCGUAGGCCUGACCACUGUUGGUCAGAACCUUUACCAGAGCAUGGAGCUGCCACUUCCAGGCGAGGCGGAGAGUGAUGAAGACGAGAUGAGCAUUUUGAUCUACGGAGGUGCAACGGCUACCGGAACUCUGGCAAUUCAAUGUGCGAAGCUUUCGGGGCUGCGAGUUGUGACAACUUGCUCUGAGAGCAAUCGUAACUUGAUGUUUCAGCUCGGAGCAGAUGCUGUCUUUGACUAUCACGAUGCCAAUGUUGGCGAGCAGAUCAGGGAGGAUACUGAUGAUGCGCUGGAAUUUGUUCUAGACACCAUCUCUACCCCCCAAUCAGCUGCCAUCUGCAGUGCCGCUAUUUCAUCUGCAGGUGGAGCUUACAAUGCCUUAUUGGACGUGCGAUCCGCUAGAGAUGAUGUUGAUUCAAAUGUCUCGAUGGCAUAUGACGUGUUAGGGGAGCCUUACCGAAUGAGUGCACAAGAAUUCUCGCCCGAUGUGAGCAAUCCUGACUUCGGCAUUGAGUGGUGGAAUUUGGUGCAAAAACUACUCGAAGAACGGCGCAUUCUUCCUCAUUCCUACCAAGUCAAGCCAGGUGGUUUGACUGGAGUGUUGACUGGUCUCCAGCUACUACGAGAAGGUAAGGUACGAGCCAGCAAGCUGGUGUAUCAAGUCGAGGAGGUCUGA